AAGAGUUAUCGUAGUCCGAGGGCUACCUGUCAAUGGAAGAAGACUUCACGUCUCAUUCUUUACCCUGCCGUUCUUCCCCAAACCCAGAAACCCUAGAAAAAGCUUUCGAGAAGAAGAAAGAAGCAACAGAAUUCCCUCAUUUCUCAAGGAAAAUAAGCUGCUUCUGAAGGUUCCUCAACAUGUCGUGGUGCACUAUCGAAUCCGAUCCCGGUGUUUUUACUGAACUGAUACAACAGAUGCAAGUAAAAGGCGUGCAGGUGGAAGAACUGUAUUCCUUGGACUCGGACUCCCUAAACAAUCUUCGGCCAGUGUAUGGGUUGAUAUUCCUUUUCAAAUGGCGUCCGGGGGAGAAAGAUGAACGCCUUGUGAUUAAGGAUCUGAUCCCAAAUUUAUUUUUUGCUAGUCAGGUUAUUAAUAAUGCCUGUGCAACUCAGGCGAUCCUUUCGAUUCUCAUGAACUGUCCGGAAGUCGACAUUGGCCCAGAACUUUCUAUGUUAAAAGAAUUCACCAAGAAUUUCCCACCGGAACUCAGAGGAUUGGCAAUCAACAAUAGUGAAGCCAUUCGUACGGCACACAACAGCUUUGCGAGGCCCGAGCCCUUUGUCCCCGAAGAGCAGAAAGCAGCCACGAAGGACGAUGAUGUCUACCACUUUAUAAGCUACUUACCUGUGGAUGGGGUCCUGUACGAGCUUGAUGGGCUGAAGGAAGGGCCCAUCAGUCUUGGGCCAUGCCCGGGUGGGCAAGGUGACAUGGACUGGCUGCGCAUGGUACAACCAGUGAUCCAGGAACGCAUUGACAGGUAUGCAAGGAGCGAGAUAAGAUUCAACCUCAUGGCAAUCAUAAAGAACAGGAGGGAGAUGUACACUGCUGAGCUCAAGGAGCUGCAGAAGAGACGGGAGCAGAUACUGCAGCAGCUUAACGCAGCUCAAUCUGACAGGAUGCCAGCGGAGACUAUCAGCGCACUAAACAAAUCGCUCUCGGAAGUGAGCUCAGGGAUUGAGGCGGCGACAGAGAAGAUACUAAUGGAGGAGGAGAAGUUCAAGAAGUGGAGAACUGAGAAUAUCAGGAGGAAGCACAAUUACAUCCCUUUCCUGUUCAACUUCCUCAAGAUUUUGGCUGAGAAGAAGCAGUUGAAACCGCUGAUCGAGAAGGCACGACAGAAAGCGUGCAGCCCCCCCAAAUGAAGAAGCAUUUAUUUCAUAGUAAUGGAGCCACAACUACAAAAAUGGCCUGGGAUCCGACAUAUACUCCUCACCCUCCCAUCUCUAGAUUGUUAUGCACUGAGGAGAUUACGAAAGAUAGAUUUGUUUCUCCAACUUCUGGGAUUGCCAAUUGAUCUCCUUUUGAGUUAUAUAUAUUUAGGACCAGAUUAUCAUUUCUUUCA